AUGGCGUUAUCCGAACCCUCGCAGCUUCUCGGGGCCCCAUCUCCCACAGCAAGCGCGCCUGUUCCUCGCCGGACUGCGUUGCCGUCAAGACCUAUGUCAUCUAGGGGCCUAGGCGACAUUAUGCAGCACUCAAAUCAAGAGCCGGUCUUUCCUCAAGAGCAGAAGAAAGCUGGAUCCGGCACAACUUCGCCAACAGUAAAGACAGUCUCGGCGGUCUCGCCCGCUCCCCGAAGUCCCACAGAUCGAAACGCUUCGAGCACGUCAACCCAAGGCAAGACACAGACCAGCACCGGUCAAGGGUACACUGGUCAGGUCUGCAGUAACUGCGGCACAACUCAGACGCCUCUCUGGCGGAGGUCGCCGCAAGGCGAAACGAUUUGCAAUGCGUGCGGGCUAUAUCUGAAGGCCAGGAAUGCCGCCCGCCCGAUAAACUUGAAACGAUCCCCAACUGUGGCUGGUAACGGAGCCCGGCCAACACCUGUCAAGCUCUCUCCGAAGGCUCAGGUACGGCUGCUACCCAACGCACCGGUAGCGAAGUAUGUUGCUGCCGAUCAGACACCAUCGGGGUCAUGUCCGGGGGGAGGAAGGUGUAACGGCACAGGCGGCGCCGAGGGAUGCAGCGGAUGCCCUGCUUACAACAAUCGGGUGUCCAAGAGUGCUAGCCUGAGCGUACUGAAAUGCCAGGGCUCGUCCAAACCGCCUUCUGCCAGUCUGGAUGAGCCGACACCGAUCGACAUUGGGGCGCUACAUCUCCAGAACCAGAACACGACUGUCGUCAUCGCCUGUCAAAACUGCAGCACAACGAUUACGCCUCUUUGGCGGAGGGAUGAAGCAGGCCACACCAUCUGCAAUGCUUGCGGACUCUACUAUAAGCUGCACGGUGUACAUCGACCCGUGACCAUGAAGAAAUCUAUCAUCAAGCGGAGGAAACGUGUGAUUCCUGCUGCAGGCGGGGGUCCAGAUUCAGAAAGCACGACGAGUGAGCGUGCUGACUCACCACCGUCAGAAACCGACCUUCCCAAGGAGAGGGGCUCCGUCAACCCAGAUGGGUCGGUGAAUCUGGGUCUCCGGCGGCGACAAGACCCGCCAUUGUCACUCGUUCCGGAGAUGGUCUUGAUGCAGAACAGGCAGACAUCCCCACUGCCGUCGAGUGAUCUGGGACAGUACCACUCGUCUCACCAACAGAACCCACCGCAACAAAUGCCCUCAUCACUCACCGACGAGAACCGGUUGGCACCGUUGACAUCGAUACCGAUGCCCCACGACCGGAAAUCGUCGCUGUCGCCGGCGUCCUUCCUGUCGCCAUCACGGAAACGGUCGUUCUCUGCCGCCGACAUGGAACCGCAGAACCAGAAUGAUGCGGAACACCCGAAACGGCUCUCCUCGAUCAAGUCCAUCCUCAACCCGACAGCGACAAGCCCUGGUCCUGAAGACAUUUCUGAGCGACAGCAGCAUUAUUUCAUGACGCCGGGCAGCACAGCGGCUUCCACCCCGAGCCCGGGGUUGUACUCGAAGAGCGGCCAUACAUCUGCCCCACACCAACUAGCCGAACCUCGGGGCACCUCGCCGCAUCCUGUCCGUGAUGUCGAGAGGUCCAAGGCGGAGAGGCGUGCCAUGUUGGAGCGAGAAAGAGAGAUGAUGAGGGAGCUGUUGGCUGCGAAAGAGCGGGAACUUGCCGAGCUGGGUGAGUGA